GUUUCGAGAGUGUUUUUCAAUUGAAGUUAAAAGAAUCUUUUUAAUCCGUUCUUGGGUUUUUGUACACAACUUUUGGACCCGGAGAGAAACAUACAUCUGGAGCAAUGGGUAAAAAGCAGCAUCAGAAGGAUAAAAUGUACCUGACUUACACGGAGUGGUCGGAAUUCUAUGGUGGCCACAAACCGGACUCUAUUGAAAACGAACAGAUCAAAUUUAAGCGGCUUCCGUUUGACCACUGCUGUUUGUCAAUGGUUCCCUACGAACAUCCGUACUGUGACAAGGACGGAAAUAUUUUCGAGCUCGCUGCUAUAGUUGAUUUUAUCAAACAUUUCAAGGUAAAUCCGGUGACUGGAGCACCAUUGGAUGGCAAAUCAUUGACGAAGCUUAACUUUACUAAAAAUCAUGAAGGGAAUUACCACUGUCCAACCCUAUUCAAGCCGUUUACCAAAAAUUCUCACAUUGUUGCUAAUGCAAAGACUGGCAAUGUAUUCUCUUUCGAAGCCAUUGAACAGCUUAAUGUAAAGGCCAAAAACUGGAAGGAUUUGCUGGAUGACACACCUUUUACUAGAAAGGAUCUGAUUACGAUUCAGGACCCGAGCAAUUUGGAAAAAUUUAACAUUACUAAUUUUCAUCAUAUAAAGAAAAAUUUACGAGUUUUAUCAGAAGAAGAACUAGCAGAGAGAAAAGAUCCACAGGGCAGAUUAAAAACAGUUUCUAUGGAAACUCGAGAUAUUUUAACACAACUCGAAAAAGAUUAUAAGCCACCAACAGAGAAAUCAGAAGAGCAUAAAGUAGCUGACAAGUUCAAUGCUGCUCAUUACUCAACUGGAGCCGUAGCAGCUGCUUUUACUUCUACAUCAAUGGUUCCAGUAAUGAAUCAUGAAGCGGCUAUUAUUGAAGAGGACGUUAUUCGAUAUGAGCGUGUAAAGAAGAAAGGCUAUGUUAGAUUGUUGACCAACUUUGGGGCAUUGAAUUUAGAGCUAUACUGUGAUCAAGUCCCGAAGACUUGUGAAAACUUUCUAAAGCACUGUCAAAACGGAUACUACAACGGAUGCAUAUUUCAUCGAUCAAUUCGUAAUUUUAUGAUUCAAGGGGGAGAUCCAACUGGCAUUGGUAAUGGCGGAACCUCCAUAUGGGGUACAAAAUUUUCCGACGAAAUUAAACCAAAUUUAACGCACUCUGGCAGAGGAAUACUGUCAAUGGCAAAUUCUGGCCCGAAUACAAACGGGUCACAGUUCUUCAUAACUUAUCGUUCUUGUCGUCACCUGGACAGUAAACACACGGUGUUUGGUAAACUUGUUGGUGGCCUAGAAGUUUUAACUGAAAUGGAGCGAAUAGAGGUCGACAAUCGGGAUCGUCCGAUUGAAAAUAUUUUCAUACAACGAGCGCAGGUUUUUGUGGAUCCAUUUCAGGAAGCAGAUGAACAAUUAGCUAAUUCACGAGCUGAAGAAUUGGAGCGUAUCCAACGGGAAGCUGAAGAAAAACAAUCUAAGAUGGCUAAAACGCAGCCUUUAAAAGUGUACCGUUCUGGGGUGGGUAAAUAUUUAGAUAAGGAGAUCACAAAGAGAGCUGCGGAACCAGAGACAUCGUCUAAUGAAACAAACCUGGCAGCUCUGGAGAAAAAACGAAAAAAAGAACAGAAAGUUAAACAACUAGGUAAUUUUAGUUCUUGGUAA